AUGACCCUGACUGAAAAACUGCGCGAGAGGAUAUCGCGGGCGUUCUACAACCACGGGCUGUUGUGCGCUUCCUACCCUAUCCCCAUCAUCCUCUUUACUGGAGUCUGUAUUCUGGCCUGCUGUUACCCGCUGCUGAAGCUGCCGCUGCCUGGAACAGGACCUGUGGAGUACAGCACCCCCGUGAAGGAUUACUCUCCACCCUCUCCAGACACGGGUCUGCAGCAAGGGGAUCUCAGCGAGCGUCCCGACUGGUAUGUUGGUGCUCCUGUGGCCUACAUUCAGCAGAUCUUUGUGAAAGCUACCGUCUCCCCAUGGCAGAAGAACUUCCUUGCUGUUGAUGUAUUUCGUUCACCACUGUCCCGCGUCUUCCAGCUAGUGGAGGAGAUUAGAAACCAUGCCCUGAGAGACAGUUCUGGUGUCAAAAGCUUGGAGGAAGUUUGCCUUCAGGUAACAGAUCUUCUGCCUGGCCUCAAGAAGCUGCGGAAUCUGCUCCCCGAACAUGGCUGUCUGUUACUGUCUCCAGGGAACUUCUGGCAGAACGACCGUGAGCGAUUCAAUGCUGACCCAGAUAUCAUCAAAACCGUCCACCAGCAUGAGCCAAAGACAUUACAAACAUCAGCUACUCUUAAAGAUCUGUUGUUUGGACUGCCUGGGAAGUACAGCGGGGUGAACCUCUAUAAUAGGAAGCGAGUGGUAUCAUACACUGUCACACUGGGUCUCCAGCGAUAUGAUUCCAGGUUCCUCAGCAGCCUCCGCUCUCGCCUCAAGCUGCUGCAUCCCAGCCCUAACUGCACGCUGCGAGAGGAGAACAUCAUUCAUGUCCACUUCAAGGAAGAGAUUGGCAUUGCUGAGCUGAUACCCCUCGUCACCACUUACAUUAUACUCUUCGCUUACAUCUACUUCUCCACACGGAAGAUUGACAUGGUGAAAUCGAAAUGGGGCCUGGCACUGGCAGCGGUCGUGACGGUGCUCAGCUCUCUGCUCAUGUCCGUUGGGCUGUGCACGCUGUUUGGUUUGACACCUACUCUUAAUGGAGGAGAAAUAUUUCCAUACUUGGUUGUAGUGAUUGGCCUAGAGAACGUGUUGGUUCUCACCAAGUCAGUUGUCUCUACGCCCGUUGACCUGGAAGUGAAGCUACGCAUUGCCCAAGGCCUGAGCAGUGAGAGCUGGUCGAUUAUGAAGAAUAUGGCGACAGAGCUUGGGAUCAUCUUGAUCGGGUAUUUCACCCUUGUCCCAGCCAUCCAGGAGUUCUGCCUCUUUGCUGUGGUCGGCCUCGUGUCUGACUUCUUUCUGCAGAUGUUUUUCUUCACUACCGUGCUGUCCAUUGACAUUCGCCGUAUGGAGCUCGCUGAUCUGAACAAACGGUUGCCAGCAGAAGCCUGCAUGCCCCCAGCGAAGCCUGUCAGCCGCUCUCAGCGCUAUGAACGCCAGCCAGCUAUGCGACCUGCCACCCCACACACCAUCACCCUGCAGCCAUCGUCUUUCAGGAAUCUGCGCCUGCCAAAGAGGCUGCGGGUGAUCUACUUCUUUGCCAGGACGCGGCUGGCCCAGAGACUCAUCAUGGCUGGGACGGUGAUCUGGAUUGGAAUCCUGGUUUACACGGAUCCUGCUGGUCUCCGCACCUACCUCACGUCACAGGUCACUGAACAAAGUCCUUUGGGUGAAGCAGGUCUGCCUCCUAUGCCUGUUCCUGGAGGGGUCCUCCCUGCUGGGGACCCCAAGAUUGAUCUCUCAGUCUUCCCAUCGGACCCUAUACAGCUGUCAGAAAACCAGACGCAGCAGCGUGAGCAGAAGUCAGGGCUGGAGUCCCUGAGCAGGCUGGAGACAAACCAGCACACCUGGGCCCACGGACCAGAGGGCAAAGGGAAUGGACAGACAGAGCUUGGAGCUGAAGCAGAGGUUACCUGGGGAGCAGAGGAUGAGGAGAUUUGGAGGAAGCUUUCCUUCAGACACUGGCCAUCCCUCUUCAGCUACUACAAUAUCACUCUGGCCAAAAGAUACAUCAGCAUCCUUCCAGCAAUCCCUGUCACGCUGUACCUGAACCCACAAGAGGCCUUAGAAGUGCGGCAUCCCCAGGAGGCUAACCGCUACCACCCCUUCUUAUCCUCAAGCAGUGGGAAGCUGGAUGCUGAAGCUCAGCCUGACCAAGCCUCAUCCAAGCUGCAGGGGCACCAGGAUGUCACUCUUUACAAAGUGGCUGCUCUGGGUCUGGCCUCGGGCAUUAUCCUGGUCCUCCUGCUCUUCUGCCUGUACAGGGUGUUCUGCCCCAAGAACUAUGGGCAGAACGGGCUCUCUCACAGCAGGAGGAAGAGAGGGGACCUGCCCUGUGAUGAUUAUGGCUACUCCCCACCUGAGACUGAGAUUGUCCCCUUGGUUCUCAGGGGUCACCUCAUGGACAUCGAAUGUCUGGCUAGUGAUGGGAUGCUGCUCGUCAGCUGCUGCCUGGUGGGCCAGAUCCGUGUGUGGGAUGCUCAGACUGGCGACUGCCUCACCGUUAUUCCCAAACCGAGGUUGCGAAGAGACAGCAGUGGCAUCUUUGAUUACCAGGAAGGCUGGGAUCAUAGUCCGGAUGGCAAGAAUGGUCUGGACGACUCUUUUGAGAACAGUCACCAGCUCAAAAGGAUGCUCAGCCCUCCCCAGCCUCCGCUUUUCUGCGACCAGCCAGACCUCACGUCUCUCAUUGACACAAACUUCUCUGAGCAGGUGAAGGUGGCCGAGUCGGAGACGCGGCUCCGUGCUGUGGGCAGUCGCCAGAAGGAGACCGGGUACGACUUCAGCAGCCUGGUUGGUAAAGUGUAUGAAGAGCACAGCACCUCCAACUGCAUGAACUUCGCUGGCCUCUCGGCCCCGCACGGACAGGCUGGCUUCUGCGCGGGGAGCGGCAGUCCCCGCUCCCUGGGCUGCGGGACCGAGGAGGCAGGCUGCAGCAGCCGGCGAAGGAGCCUGGGGGACGAAUCUUUUACGGGAUUUGACAAAUCGUCACCGCUUCCUUCCUGGGGAGGAGACUGGGAGAGCUCUGUCUGGAGCCUGGACCUGCAAGGGAACCUGAUUGUGGCUGGCCGGAGUAACGGGAAGCUGGAGGUUUGGGAUGCUAUCGAGGGGACCCUCCGUAGCAGUAAUGACGAAGGUCAAUCUGGCAUCACAGCGCUUGUCUUCCUGAACAACAGGAUCGUCGCUGCCCGGUUGAAUGGCUCUUUAGAUUUCUUUUCACUAGAGACGCACACGUCCUUGAACCACCUGCAGUUCCGAGGAGCCCCGAGCAGAAGCAGCAUCCCCUCCUCCCCCGUGUUCAGCAGCAGCGACAUCAUCGUGUGUCAGCUCACCCACACCGUGUCCUGCGCCCACCAGAAGCCGAUCACGGCGCUGAAGGCUGCGGCUGGACGGCUGGUCACUGGGAGCCAGGACCACACUCUGAGAGUGUUUCGGCUGGAAGACUCGUGCUGUUUGUUCACACUGCAGGGUCACUCAGGAGCAAUCACAGCUGUGUACAUUGAUCAGACGAUGGUGCUAGCGAGCGGAGGCCAGGACGGUGCCAUCUGCCUUUGGGAUGUGCUGACGGGGAGCAAGGUCAGCCACAUGUACGCCCACCGAGGGGACGUCACGUCCCUCACCUGCACAACGUCCUGCGUCAUCAGCAGCGGCUUGGAUGACGUGAUCAGCAUCUGGGACCGCAGCUCGGGGAUCAAGCUCUAUUCUAUCCAGCAGGAGAUGGGCUGCGGCGCCAGCCUGGGCGUGAUCUCCGACAACCUGCUGGUGACAGGAGGCCAGGGCUGCGUCUCCUUCUGGGACAUCGGCUACGGCGACCUGCUCCAGACC